AGAAGAAGAACAAAAGAAAAUACAACGACGAAGAAGAGCGUGUGGCUGUCGUCUGCGUUAAGAAAAGAUUGUUAAGCGGAUCUGAAAAAACCCGAAGGACAAUGACUCGCCAUGGAAAGAACUGCACAGCUGGAGCUGUCUACACAUACCACGAGAAGAAGAAGGAUACAGCGGCCUCUGGUUACGGGACACAAAGUGUUCGACUUGGCAGAGAUGCAGUCAAAGACUUUGACUGCUGCUGCCUGUCCCUGCAGCCCUGUCGGGAUCCUGUUGUCACUCCAGAUGGAUACCUCUAUGAAAAACAGGCCAUUCUUGAAUAUAUUCUUCACCAAAAGACACAGAUUGCCAAAAAGAUGAAAGCGUACGAGAAACAGAAGCAGGCGCAGAGGAGCAGCAACCAACUUGAGUCCAAGUCAGAAGAGCGAGAGAGAGUGGAGAGGUUUAAAACAAAGGAGAACAGCAUUGUAUCUAAACCUAUCAACCCCUUCACAUCUGGUAAGAACAUUGGAAGUGAGAAGGACGGGACACAGAGCAGCCCUGGAGAAUUAUCCAGUGCUGCCACAGCUGCAAGUUCCAGCCAGAGCCUGCCCAGUUUUUGGAUUCCCUCACUGACACCAGAGGCCAAGCCCACUGCUCUCAAGAAACCAAGCAAGACUGUGUUAUGUCCAAUGUCUGGAAAACCCAUUAAGAUGAAUGAGCUUAUCACAGUGCGUUUCACCCCCUUGGACCCAAGUCUGGAUCGAGUUGCCCUGCUCACCCGCCAGGACAGGUACAUAUGUACAGUGACCAAAGACGUCUUGGGCAACAGUGUUCCCUGUGCUGUUCUUCGACCAUCGGGCGCUGUGGUGACGCAGGAGUGUGUGGAGAAGUUGAUCAGAAAGGACAUGACUGAUCCUCUGACGGGAGACAAACUUUCUGAAAAAGACAUUAUUCCACUGCAGAGGGGUGGAACCGGCUUUGCAGGUUCUGGGAUUGACCUCACGGCCAAAGAGGCUCGUCCAGUGAUGCAAGCGUGAGGUGACCGAAGACUCCACAGUGGUGCUCAUUGUGUAACUUUCUAACUUACUUUAUAAUGUCUUAUAUGACUUUUUGUUUGACAGCAUUUCCUCCUGAAUGUAUUUUUAUUUUGCUGGAAAAUGCUUCCACUGACUGUACAACACAGAUUUGCUGAAACUGCCAUCCAAAUGUUUCUUACAGAUUAAUGUCAACAAUUUCCUUUAAAUAAAAUCAGCAUUUAAGGCUUAAAUCCAUACUAUUAUUAUUUGGUUUGAUUUAUUUUGUGCUCAGGAGGCACCACAGGUUGUGAACUAAUCAGGUUAGUGGUUCACAUAUUUUAUUGUCUUUGAUCUCCAAAUUGCUCCUGAUGCAUAGCCGAGUGUAAGGAUGUGCAUAAAUAUGCUGUAUGAAAGUGUGUGUGUUGUAGGAAAAGUGCUUUGAGUAGUCAGAGCAGAAAUGUACAAGUACCAGUGUAUUUAAAUUUUUUUCAGCUUUUAUGGACUACAGGUAAGUUUAGUUAUAAAUAAAGCAAUGUCUCAAUGUUUUUAUUGUGUUCAUAUCAUAGAUGAAAUUUACAAUCCAAUGCAUUGUCUGACAAACUUGAGUGGGUGCUCUAAACAUGCAUGAAGUCCUGUUCUAAGCAGAUCUGUUGUUGCUUAAAUUUGAGCUGCUUCACUGUUCAUGAUGGAGAUCUUCACAUCGGGCCUCAUUCACUUAGAUAUGCACAGUAAUGUUCUUACUUUGAAACAUGCUUUCUUGACAUUUUUGUAACUGUAUGUAUGUUAGUGAAUCAGUCAACUGGGCUGUGUCCAAACCUGCAGUCUCCAUAGUACCACAGUACCACACCCCCACUUCCCACGCUUUCCUCGGGUGAAGUGGAGAAAGCAGUAAGAGAGAAGUAUGCCCUGCUGCUGCUAAAAAGUAGAUGAAACUCAAUCAGUAGUUUCUUGUAACACUCACUGUAGCUCAGAAAAUGUAUACAAAAUUUAAAGAAUUGAAUUAUGAAUAAAAAUGUAUUACUAAUAAACAUGUGUACCUCAGUUUAAA